GCCGCUUGGGGAAGCGGAUGCCGAGGGCGACGCAGGCUCCCAGCCUCGGAGAGGGCCAGGGCGGGAGCCGGAGGGACCCAGGCUCGGCCCGGGAUGCUGCCCUUGAAGUUUCCGGGAGGAGGCGGCGAGGGGGCAGCAGCCCCGACAUCCGAGGAAACUGAGGCCCAGAGAGCGGCUGGAACCGCUGGUGGUCACGCGGCCUGUCUGGGCAGGGACGCGACCCCGGGGCACCCUGCCACCCCGGGAAGGGGACGGUCACCCGCAGAGAAGGCGUCCAAACCCUGGCUGCUCCGCGGACCUUUCCUCCGAUUAGCGAUUAAACGCAUAGGAUGGAUUCACAGGGUUGCAAAGGAAAGCGGUUAUACUGACAGUUGCCAAGAUUCUGUCUGGGAACCGGGGGUCAGUUCGCAGCCCGGGUGCUUCAUUAUUCAUGCCUGGAAAGCCGAGGUUUAGUGGCGGAUCUGCCUACUGCUGUGACUUUGAAGGAGUGAGAAGUGGACACGUUCCUUUACACAGGGUUGGCUGCAGCCUCUAUGUCGGGGUUAGGAAACCACUGUCAUUUCUGUUGUUGAAAAGCCUCGGUCUCGCUAAUACUGGUGUGGUUUUGGCUACACUCAGAUUUUAAGGAAAGGCCAAUUUUCAGUAAGACGUUGGUGACAAUAGAGAGGGUAUUUUUUUUUUCCCGUGCAAGCUCACCGGUCUGCUGAAUCCUCACCAGCGGCCCCUUGCUAAGAAUGGCUGGUCCAGAGGCUGGAAUCCCCUCACCUUGGAGGUGAAGGGCAUUUACUGUGCUGUGAGAUUACCCAAAGCCCUACAUUUUCAGGUGGGGGAGCUGAGGCUCAAAGAGGAACAGCUUGCACAAGAGUCCGAGGCUGGGCCGUUGGCCUGGACUCCUUGCCCAGCCUCUGAAACCCCGGAACUCCCAGCCCAGGGCUUGGAGCCUCGCUGAUGUCUAUGGCUCCUGGCCUGCUCCGUGGGAUCCUUGCUCUUCGCUCUGGUGUGGGCGCAGCUCUGCAGGUGCGCGGGGUCCAUCCGAGCUUGGCUGCUGACAGCCCGAGCAGCACCCACCCCGCCGUGUCCCAGGCCGGAGCCGUGGUCCCCAAAUCCGCCGCCCUUCCCAGCAGCCGGGGCGAGUAUGUGGUGGCCAAGCUGGACGACCUCAUCAACUGGGCCCGCCGGAGCUCCCUGUGGCCCAUGACCUUUGGCCUGGCCUGCUGCGCCGUGGAGAUGAUGCAUAUGGCAGCGCCCCGCUACGACAUGGACCGCUUCGGCGUGGUCUUCCGCGCCAGCCCCCGCCAGUCCGACGUGAUGAUCGUGGCUGGGACGCUCACCAACAAGAUGGCCCCCGCGCUCCGCAAGGUCUAUGACCAGAUGCCAGAGCCUCGCUACGUCGUGUCUAUGGGGAGCUGCGCCAACGGAGGUGGCUACUACCACUACUCCUACUCUGUGGUGCGAGGCUGCGACCGUAUUGUGCCCGUGGACAUCUACGUCCCAGGCUGCCCGCCCACAGCCGAGGCCCUGCUCUAUGGCAUCCUGCAGCUGCAGAAGAAGAUCAAGCGCGAGAAGAGGCUCCAGAUCUGGUACCGCAGGUAGUGCCGCUGCCUGGCCGCCCUGCGGCGUCUGCGCUGUUCCCCCAGAGGCGGUCAAUAAAGCCCAUAAAUCCGA